AUGGACGAGCACACAGUUCAAACCUCCGUUUCGAACGGUAGCACCGUGCUUUACCGAGAACCUUUGAAUCCAAUCGAACCCUCGAACAGCUUCGGCCAUAAUGCAUCCAAGCCCAAAGGGCAAGAAUCUUCAAUACGACGUCUGCAUCGGGCCGACUCGUCUCAAGCCCAGAGCCCAGAGGAAUCCAUGACCAGGGAGACAAAAUUGGGUUGGAACUCGCCUGAUGGACGCAGUAAUGAUAUGAAUGACGACAAACCCCUGACUGGCUCUUCGUUGCUAGAAGGCACCAAUGGACAUAUCGAUCCAACCGAUGAUGGAGCACACGAAUCCCCUUCGAACGGAUCUGCGCACACGGGCAAGAUUCCCGGGAGUGUAAGCAAGAGAGUGUCUUCCCACACGAAACUGGAUCCAUACAGAGGCAUCGAGUCUGCUUCUCGACCAGAAAAUGUGCUGAAAUUAUCGGGAGACAAACUACAAGACCUUACGGCCACACCAGAAUCACUACCACUCCGAGCCAUUGAGUCGACUGUGCAGCACCAGAAUGUCCAACUCCCCCCUCCUCUUCCCCCUCCAAAGCUUUCGGAUGUAUACACAGAUGACGCACCCACGCGAGCAGUCGCACUGCGUUCGCCUCUUCUUCCCUCAGUCGAUAUGAGUGACUCAAGGAGACCACGAAAUUUAACCAUUGAGACCAGUGGUCGGCAGCGACAUCCCGAGAUCACCCCUAGCCCAAAGCCCGGCCUGCUGAAGCGAGCCAUCUCAACACCGGGCUCGAUCAGAAGUGCUCAAUCGCCACAAAAACCGGACAGAGUUCGCCCAACACUUGUUGUACCUGACAUUUCAUCACAUGUCGAGGGCGCAGAUGGCAGGAGAUAUUCGUCCUCUGGACGUCCGUUACCCUCUCCAAUGCCCACGUCAAUCCCCCUUCCCCCAUUAUCCCUGCCGACCUAUCUGCAGCUGGAGUUGUCCUCUCAACGGCCCUCACAAUUCUAUAUUCACAGAUCUGCUGCCAGUGAUUUCCCUUACGAAUCUUCACGUGCGAAGAUCGAAAGGCUCAUGAAUUUCCUCUUACUCCCCCCGCACCUAGAGGGCGUGCUUUGGUUUGGUAUCUUGGCCUGCCUCGAUUCGUGGCUGUACAUCUUCACCAUACUCCCGCUCCGGCUCCUCAAAUCCAUCUACAUACUUGUUCAGUCAUGGACUAUCAACGUGUCGACAGAAGUUCUUUUUGUUUUCAGCUUUGUAUACCAAGGGACUGGUCGAAUGUGGAAUAGACGGCGAAACAGUAUCCCUUCCAACACAGCGCGAAAGGUAUCAGAACCAGGUGCCACGGAACCUAGGUCCACUCAUAACGCAUCUUUACAAACCCGCAGGCAGAACAGACAUCAUCGGCGAACAAAAUCAGUCCCCUCGGCGCUGCUACCGGACGAUAAAGCGGACCUUUUGAGGGGCCUUUUGAUCCUCACCACCUGCGUAGUCCUGUUGAGACUCGAUGCCAGCAGAAUGUAUCAUUGGGUUCGCGGUCAAGCAGCGAUCAAACUCUACGUCAUCUACAACAUCUUGGAAGUGUGCGAUCGACUGUUUUCCGCGAUUGGACAAGACGUUCUCGAAUGUUUGUUCUCUCGUGAAGCACUUGAGCGGAAACCGGAUGGUCACAGCAAAAUCUUACGGCCUUUCUGGCUGUUUGUACUUGCUCUUGUUUAUACAGUCAUUCAUUCGGUGGCCCUCUUUUACCAGGUCAUUACGCUCAACGUCGCUGUCAACUCGUACUCCAAUGCACUCAUUACACUUUUGAUGUCAAACCAGUUUGUCGAAAUCAAGGGCACAGUGUUCAAGAAAUUCGAAAAGGAGAAUCUCUUCCAGCUAACCUGCGCGGACAUUGUCGAGCGGUUUCAAUUAUGGCACAUGCUUGUCAUUAUUGCGGCUCGCAAUAUCGUUGAAACCGGAGGACUGAGCUCUGGACUCAGUGCGCUGAUGAACUCCGCGUCUGCGACAACAUCAGCGCCUGCUUCUAGCAACAGCAGUCUUCCCUUGACAGCAGCAGUCCCUCCAAAGUCAGCCAGCUCGAUUUUACCAAGUUCUUUUACUCUCCUGCCAGCAGUGGUGAAUUCGAUCACUUCAUAUGCGCCGGCUGUCAGCCAAGUAUUGGGUCCAUUUCUUGUUGUGUUGGGUUCGGAGAUGUUGGUCGAUUGGUUGAAGCAUGCCUAUAUCAAUAAAUUCAACAACACGCGACCUGCGAUUUACGACCGCUUUCUUGACGUUCUGGCCAAGGACUACUACACAAAUGCUUUUGGCGACCAAAAUCUCACAAAAAGACUGGGACUUCCUGUCAUCCCUCUGAGUUGUCUUUUUAUCCGAGCAAGCGUGCAGACGUACCAAAUGUUCAUGGCGGCGUGGGUUCCUUCAACUGCACCUAGCUCAUCGACCAGCCUGGCAAGUAUAUACGAAGACUAUUCUGCAGCACGGUCGACCUUGCCUCUGAGUACAAGUGCAGCGAUCUCGAGAACAGUCGACGACAUUAUUCGUUCCAUACCAACUGUGAUCACCAAGUCUCGCGCUGUGACCCAUAUGACAACCGUUCUCAUGUUCCUUCUGCUGUUUUUGAUCUUGCUGGCGUGCAAGCUGGUCUUAGGGAUGGUUCUUCUAGCGUUCGCUAGAUCUCGAUAUCACUCUAUGAAACUACGGGAGAAGAACGCUAUUCACCACGUGGAAGGAGGUCGCCGCGUAGGCGGCUGGGGAGUGGUCGAGGUGGACGAGGACAAGAGAAGGUGGAUUUACGAAGACGAUCCCGCAGGUCUCCGGGCACUGCGAGAAAAAGAGGAGCGAGACAAGAACAAACAGCAAAAAGAAAAAGACAAAGGACAUGGAGUCGAGGCUUUUGACAAAGUCAAGCGCUAUGAAAUGGUGGCCAAGAGGAUAUGGUGA